AUGGACCCAUUGUCUCAUUUCAGCAUGGACAAAGCAGCUGAACUCACGUGGCAGCUGGAGGAUUCACCUGGCAAAGCAGAACAGCAGGAGCAAAGCCCUGAUGAUGGAGACAAAACCGAAGUGCUGGGACAGCCUGCACACAGCGAGGACAAGCCAGCCCAGAGCCAUACCCUCCAGUGGGAGACUCUAAGCAGACAGUUUGUAGAGUAUGAGCAAGUGGCUCCAUUUCUCAUCCCAGAGGAGCAACAGAGAAGACUGUUGGACUUUCUUCCCCUGUUCUUAAAGACCUGGGAGCAGUCUGCUGGAGCAAUCAUAUUCCCCAACAUUCAGCUGUUGGCCAGUGAGGUUUCCAAGCUUCUGACAAAAGAAAUUAAGAGGAACCUCAAUGGUAAACCUGCAGAGGAAGCUCGUCUGGCUUUGGAGCAAUUGCUACAAGAGAAAGGGGAAGCAGAAGAUGGCCGUUUGCUCCUGAAAUCGGUGUAUCUGCUCUCACAAACUGACUUGAGAACUAUGUGGAACAUCAUUGGAUCUGGCCUUCCAGCUGCUCUGAUGCAGUGCCUGUACCUUUUCUUUACUUUUCCUCUGAAGAAAACCAGUGAUGACAGAGAGACAAGUGAGGAUGACACCCAAACUCAGGAAAUGCUUGUUAAGAUAAUGCUUAACAUGUACAGAGAGGAACAAGGUGUAGAGGAACUUCUGGCAGCUGAUAAACUUCAGUCAUUAAUUAUAGCAACUGCUUCCCUCUGGGACCAGUGUAGCCACUCGUGGAAAGUACCUACAGGCCGUGUGCUGAGAACAAUUUCAAAGGCUCAGACCAAAAACAGCAUUGUCUACCUACAAGCUGUGGACUGCAUUAAAAUAGCUAUUCAGAAUCUCUUCAAACUGGCUGAUACCCUACCUGCUUGUGAUGUGUGUGAAGCUGCUAGUAUUGUCUUGUGCUUUGUGAAAGAUUCCUAUCCCGUAUCAUCAGCUUUAUUAACAGAGUUUGAAAAUAAUGAUGGCUACCAACUCCUGCUAAAAAUUUUACUCAGAUGUGAGGGGUUGCAGCAAGAUGAAGGAGACCCAUAUCUGGAUGAGAUCUUGGACAUGCUGACUUGCCUUACAACCUGUGGAAAAACUGAACUGAAAGUUUCUGGCAAUAUUGUACACCCGCAAUUACCACACUUUGAUUUUGAACGGACACGGUCUUCUGGAAUGACAGUGAAAAACCUCCAGGCUUUUCAGGUGUUGCAGUCCAUUUUCCAGAAAAGUAAUGAUCAGCACCUAUGUGGAAGAGUCUUAGCAGCAAUUGGUACCAUAUGGGCCUGGGACACAGUGAACUUCUUUCUUCUUGAAUGGACACUACAACCUAUCAACCAGUUUACUGACAUAAUCCAUUUGAAACCACAUCCAAUCCAAACCCAGUUUUUCAGACUGGUGGAGUCCAUAGUGCUAGACCUGUCCUAUGUCCCCCAUGAAAUUUUGAAGAAGAUUCAGUAUUUGAUAAAGGAAAACGUAGUGCCAUUCUGCACCUUAACAGCUCUCCGGUGCCUUCUCAGCAUGACCAAGAAGGACCUGUUAUUCAGUGACAUAUUCCGUGACUCUGGGCUCUUAGGCCUACUGCUGGCACUUUUGAGGAAGCAAGCCAAGAUCCUGAGGAAGUCAGCUGGAACCCAUCUUCCUGCUCUGGAAGAAGGCACUGAGAAGGAAUUAAAUGCUGUGAUGCUGAUGAUGGUGGCUGCUCUUACAGUGAGGUCUGUGAGGAACGCUGGUAAGAAAUGACAUAUAGCUGCAUUACUUUUGUGAUAUUUGGUGGUAAGUGGCCACGAUGCCUCUUAAGGAGCACCAACAAAUUUUCCACCUUUUGUGCUUCAGUGAGAAGUG